GGUAAUUUGGCAUCAACGAUCAUUGAAAUAAAAGGCGUUUCUCAGUACAGAAGUAUUGAAUGUCUCGUUUACUCGGAAAGAAGAAUCUCUUAUCUUCUCUUCCCAUCUCUCAUUCAUUUUAUCCGAUCCUCCUUGUCCGUCAAUCCGUCAGAAUCCGAAAGCCAGUUUUGGGUUUCUUCCACUGCAAGCUCUCUCCCAUAACCACUUUCCACUUUAGUUCUCUACUCGUAGAGUUUCUUCGACUCCGAUCUCUACCCUUUAUAUAUAAUUUUUUAUCUUUAUUGCCCAUCUGUUCCUCCGAUUUUACUUUCUCGCAUUUGGAUUCCUGAAUUCUUGAUUCUCCCGACGAAUCUGUGGGAAAAGCUCCAGAAAUCGGAGAAUUUCCUGCUUCUUUUGGCUUUGAUCGGUGAUUAAAAGAUUUUUGUAGGGGAAAAGAUGGGUUCUCUGCGUGGACCAGUUAUUUGUCCCACUAUUCGUGCAAAGCAAGCGGGAUUGCCGAUGGUGGGCUUUCCGAUAAAGGCAAGGCUUCUUAGAAGUGAACUGUGGGGAUUCAAAGGGAUCAAUACCAUCACGAAGGCGGGUUUUCUUUCUCGUCAAUUGAGUGUACGCAAGUGCAAGGGAAUCAAUUGUACUUUCAGUUCAUCGUCUAACGACAACGGAAGCACGGCUGAGAAUUUCAAUGAAAAUGAUGAGGAGUAUGUCAACUCCAGUGUACUCGAAGCUGUUGAAGUGAAGAGUGGGGUAGAAGGUUUCAUGAUCAAAAUGAGGGAUGGAAGGCACUUGAGAUGCGUCCAUAACAACCCACAGGGUGGUCAUCUGCCGGAUUAUGCUCCGCAUCCCGCAAUUGUGUUGAAGAUGGAAGAUGGAACCGGUCUUCUGCUGCCAAUAAUUGUUUUGGAGAUGCCUAGCGUGUUGCUCAUGGCAGCAGUCCGCAAUGUUCAAAUUGCUAGGCCUACGCUUUAUCAAGUGGUGAAGGAAAUGAUUGAUAAAAUGGGCUAUGAAGUUAAACUUGUUCGAGUCACUAAGAGGGUGCAUGAAGCAUAUUUUGCUCAGUUAUAUCUCACUAAGGUGGGUGAUGACUCAGAUUGCAUUAGCUUUGACCUUCGACCUUCAGAUGCCAUCAACAUUGCAGUGAGAUGCAAGGUUCCAAUACAAGUGAACAAGUACCUAGCAUACAGUGAUGGAAUGAGGGUCAUCGAAUCUGGGAAGCUGUUGAUGCAGACCCCUGCUUCAGAUGGUUUAUUAUUUACUGAAUUGGAUCGGCCAAGUGGACAGCCAUGUGUUGAGACAAAGGAAUUUAAUCUUGUACGCAAUAUGCUGAUAGCAGCUGUUGAGGAACGCUACAGAGAUGCUGCUCAGUGGAGGGACAAACUCAGUCAACUUCGUGCUAGAAGGAACUUGACAUAACAGCCGUGCUCUAAGAUUAUAUUGUACAUACACAAUUGUUCAGAGUUGGUGAGGUUGGCCAUGUUAGGGAUCAAUCGUGCCUUAUCCUCUGCUCUAUGUAUUUAGGAACUUGUGAAUAUUUAUAUAUGUAUAGAGGAACUUUUACUGCCACUGUAAGGUUGAAGCAAGCAACUCUCUUUGCUGACUGUUCCCGUUGGUUAUUUGAAUGCUUGUUGUGCAAUCUAUGUAUAAAUUGUGGUUUCUUGCCACCAUCCAACUUUAUUGUUCUAUCUUUUUACUUUGUGAUAACAAGCUAAUGAUUAUUAACUUCACCAAA